UAAUACUUUAAAUCAAAACAAUCCCAGCCAGCUGCAGCUCGAGUUCAAUUUUGAUAAGUGUUGCCACAUCUCAGAAAAAGGUAAGUCGAGCCUGGCGAGUAUCAAUAGUAUCGCUAAGGUAUCGACUAUCGAAAAUCCUUACCGCUGUGAAGUAUCGAUCGAUGCCGCUGUACUUGCUAGUGAUGGAAAAGAUGGUGGCAUAUGAUAUUUUUUUUAUCACAGCAGGGCUGCUUUGAAAAAAAGUUGGCGGCAAAAUGGAUAUAUAGCAUAGUUGUGUUGUUUAUCUUGCAGUAUAAUUUGGACUUGAAGAAUAAACCACUUCUAUUAAAUUCAAAUUAAACUGAAAAAUGGAAUACAUGCAAAUACGUUUUAGAGAUGUCACUAUUGCAUAUCUGCCGGAAGUCUGGUCACACUAAUAUGACCCAAUGCAACUUUGCGACUCUGGGAGACGCCGAUAAUUUAAACUUUUGCAACUGUAGCGGUCUAACGGGACGCACUGAUCCCAAAAUUGUUGAAACAAUGGAUUUUGUUACUGUCAUUUCCACGGGUGGCAGUGUUGAGUAUGUAGUGCGGGAAUACGCCACUGCCUUUAUGGGAGCCAUCUUCGCGGAUCCCCACAACUGGCAUGCGAAGGUGUCGCAUCAGUUUGUGGGCCAGUGCUUCCACGUGCUGGGACUGAAGUUCAACGUGAGUGUGAAGGAGUUCCGCAAAACGCAGGAUCAUCCGUAUCGCAACGACAACCCCAACUACAUAUUCGAUGCUGUGCCCUUUGUGAUGACUGCCGUGGAAUCUUUUCUGGAGAAGCUGCCCACUCUAUUGGCCUGCCAUGCGAAGAGUUUGGAGCCGGAUAGGAGCAAGUCAAAGACACCUGCUGCCAAGCGCUUCGACGAGCUGACUGACCCAGUUUCCUGCUACCUAAAAGUGGUGCUUACAUGGACGAAAGUGGUGCAUUACAUAUGCACCUCAAUGCAGCUGAACCCCUGCGCAGGUGAUAAGUACCUCUGCGAGCCAGUGGCCAGAAUGUCAUUCAGCAUACUCUGCGGGCUGUCCAAGCUGCUGCCCACAUACAACGACGAGUUUGGAGGCUUUAAGCAUAUUUGCCUCACGCUCACCAUUGACGCACGCUAUGGGCUAUUCUACCAGGCGACUAGUCAACAUAUACUAAAACCCAUGCUGGACAUGUUUCGGGAGCACUUUGGGACAUUCUGCAGCGUGGAGAACUCUGCGCUAGACUUUGUCUACUGUGCUCUGGCUGUUGUGAUGGAGGAUGAAGAUAGCUACAUCAUGACCUACGAGUUCCUGGAAAGUAUGCUCAAGCAGUUUGCCCAGGACCAGCAGCGUGAUCGAAGUGGCAAUCUGUAUCUACGUCUGUUUACCAAUGAGCUGAUCACUGAUAGGUUUCUGGCCCUACACUUUGAGGUUUUGAAGUCGAGUAAAUCCAAAGCCCUGCUUAUGGCCACGCUCCUGUACAUACGGACGCUCCAGCGACACAUUGUCAGUGCUGAACGGUUUCCAACGAGGUUCCACGAAAUUAUCCUGGAGCUGUUGCUUCGCCUGCCACAAGCUUUGACCAUGGUUUGGUCCAUGGCAGCGAAGCUCUAUGUGGAAUUGGCCCAGCGCCUGUACAAUGAGAGGGAAAUAGUUAUGCACAUCUUGGAGACGUACGUCAAGUGUCAGUACAGCCCUCGCCGAAAUCCCAGCUUUGCGCAGUUCAGGGCCCAACUGACACGCUACCUAAAGACGAUAAUGGAGCAUUUUCCAGCAGUGCGGCGGUUCGAGGUCUACACGUUUGUGCUCACUUCCCAGCAAGUGCGCAUCGAACUGAGCGUCAUAGCCGCACAAUCCGUAUGCGUGCUCUUUGACCUCUAUUGGCUUGAAUAUUCCACCUCGGAGGAAGCUCGUAAAGAGGUACACGAACUUCUGCGUACUUGGCCGUAUCUCAUUUCGUCGUCAACCCACCAAAGUGUCACCCGACCUGUGCUCUACAGUGUCUACAGCGCCGUAGAUUUUAUGGCUGUGGCUUCAAAUAAUGUCGAGCUGCUGCUGACACUGGAGACAUUCUGCCUGGAUAAGUUUCUACACGAUGAAACGCUAAGCGAUUCGGAAUUCAGCGGCCUCUACACAAAUCUAUCCCGCUCCGUGGAGGCAACUGGCAACAGGCAGACACACAUAACCGCCGCAGGGUCUGUGCAAUAUCAGCACGCUCAGCUGCAGGCUCAGAUGAGUGCCAGUGACCUGGGGGCUGCACAGAGGAAGGAACUGCUGGAAGCCUAUGCCCAGUGCCUGCGUCGCUUGCACGCCCUUCUUAGGGCCAACAAGCUAAGCGGGGACCGUCUGGCUGAAAUGGUGGACUGCUUAGUAGUCAAUCUGCUGGAAAGACCACAGCAGAACGACAACCUGAGUAUCUUUGGCUCCGAAAGCUUGGCCUUCAUGCUCAUCAUGCUGCACAAGGAGCACAAGGAUGUGAUCGGCCUGGCCCAGCAGUUACGUGACUUCUGCGUUUAUGAGCUCUCGAACCCCACACAGGAGAGCUUUCAGCGAACCAAGUUUAUGUUCUGCUCCGUUGUCAUCCUGCACAUUGGCUUGAGGAAUAGUUUUCCUCUAGACGCUCCAACAUACGACGCACUCCUUAUGAGUCUGACAGUCACUCCGUCGGGAUCGCAGCCAAGUUGCGAUCAGCUCACCCAGAGUUAUAUUCAAGAGAAGCACUUGCUGUUUCGUCAAAUGCUCGCUUGCGAUCAGGUCGCGUUGCCCAACAACCGAAUUUGGAAAGCUCUGUUGCAGUACAAUGUGGUGGGAACUGCCUCGCAAGUCCUUCGGCCAGAGCUUGAUUUACUAGUCGGCGUUCUGAUAGAGCACCGCAUUCUCUGCUAUGUCCACUGUCUGUCGGUAAUCCAGCUGCGCUUCGGCAACGAAGCCAAUGUCAAUAAACGGAUGGCCGCUACGCUGAAUGCCCAUCUGCGGCUUAUUGAGGGCCAUGCCUCCGCCGUAGACGCUUGGCUUCUGCGUUGGACUGUUUUCAAUGGUUCGCUGAAUCUCUUGAUUAAAAAAAUGGGCACUGUAAGAUUGGAGGCAGCCAAUGUCCAAGGGAAUCGCUUGCUGCCGCUGCAGCAUCUGCAACUGAUUGUGGCCAAUAUGCGUCUGAAAGAAGCGCAUUUCCAGAAAAUCGCUCGCUCGAUUUGCAGCUUAAAAGAAGCGGCAGCUGGGCCCAAGGAGAGAGCAGAAAUCGACAGUUUCAUAAAUCAGAUCAGUGCGUUCAAAUAUCGCUGCGAGGAUGAGCACGCGGAGGCAUCAAUUAGUGCAGAUUUUGAGGGAAAACUGAUGUCAGUGCCGCCUGGUCCCAUGACCUUAUGGCAAUGCAAGGCCAUGGAUAAUUUGGAUUUCUUAAACUCUUUUGGUUCCCGUUUGGGUUGA